AUGUUUAUGACUACUUUUGGGCUACAGCUCGUUGUUGCAUCUGUUUACGCAAUCAUCUUUCCUUCGUAUAUGUCACUAUUCUUUUUCUCACUACCGGCCGCUUAUCUCUUGUCAACGACGAGUGUACACAUGCCGUUUGCGCGUUCAACGACGCAACUCAACUUGACGUUGCAAGAGGUGAACUAUAGCUUGGUAGAACGGCAAGAGUCACUAACUGGGUACAUAUCUGUACUGGAUAACACUCAACUUGGAUUCCGUGCUAUGAGGUGUGAUCAUAGUUUACUAGGAGGAGAGUGGACGCGCCGCCCACCCAAUUACAAUCCCAAGGUAUCAGAUCCGAUAUACGCGGUAUUCACUAUGCUGGAAGCGGUGCGACUAGUUGAGCCAGGGUCUGGUCUAACAAGGAGAGAGGACAGAGAUAGCAAUGCGCUGGUCAUGUAUGAGGACAACCACCCACUUCGAUUGAAUCGCACUACACCGGCUUCCCUGAUUCAACACGGCAUAGAAACGACUGUUGUGGAGGUGGAUCCAGUAGUAUAUAAGUUUGCGUUACAGCACUUUAACUUCCCAAGAAAUCAUACAGCAGUCAUCGACGACGCAAUUACAUUUGUCGAGACAGCACGGCGAGAAGCCAAACAAUACGAUUAUAUCAUUCACGAUGUGUUCACAGGAGGGGUUGAGCCAGUCAAGCUAUUUACCUGGGAGUUCAUGCAGGGGCUCGAUGCACUCCUCAAAGAUGACGGUGUUAUAGCAAUUAAUUACGCCGGAGAUCUUUCCUUGCCAGCGGCAGGACUAGUCGUUCGCACAAUUCGAUGGGUGUUUCCUGAGUGCCGCAUAUUUCGCGAGAAUGGCGACUCGGAAGAAUCUACAGAAAACGAGCCUCUAGACUUUACAAAUAUGGUGAUAUUUUGCAAGAAAAAGCAAGGAACUCCACUGAAAUUUCGACCGUCGGAUGAAAAUGACUAUCUUGGUAGUCAACUGAGGGAGUUAUACAUGUAUCCACGACGCGAAAUUGGCCCCGAAACCUUUGAUAUGGCCAAUUAUCCGACGGUAGGCCAGCAGAUUCUAGAGGUUGGCAAAACCAGUAUCUUGGAGACCUAUCAUACUCAAAGCGCCAUCGGCCACUGGAAUAUCAUGAGGAGUGUACUGCCGGCUCGAGUAUGGGAAAAUUUCUAG